AUGUUGGCCAUCAUUGGAGCUUCUGGUAAACUUGGCGGUGCUACAUUGAAAGCUCUCCUCGCUCAUAACCUGCUCCCAAAGGACCAGAUAGUAUGCUGUACCUCAUCUAAACCUGGCAGCGAUACCUGGACUUCGCUGGAAAAGCAGGGUGUCCAAGUUCGCCAUGCCUCAUUUGACGACAAGGCUUCUCUCGAGAAGGCUCUCACCAGAUGCGACAAGUUCUUCCUCGUCUCUACCCCCAAGAUCGAUAUGGAUUAUAAUGACGCUCCUCACGGCGAGGGCCGCGAGAAGCAUCAUUUCACUGCCAUUGAUGCUGCCCAAGCUGCAGGCGUGAAGCACAUCUACUACAGCUCUCUAGCUUUCCAGAACCCUUCAAAGUCUUGCGUCAUGCAGGCUCAUAUUCGCACCGAGGCAUACCUUGCAAAGCUACAAAACAUCGACUACACUGUCUUGCGUGAGGGUCUAUACAAUGAGAGCUGGCCGCUGUAUGCAAGCUAUUACGACCUCAAGGAUGAUCAGCGAUCUGAAGUUCGUGUCGGUGGUGAUUCUCUGAUCAGCUGGACUGCCAUCUCUGAUCUUGGUCUCGCUAGCGCUCUGGUCAUCGUUGCACCAUCGUCCGAAUACGCCGCCAAAACCUUCUACCUUUCAGCUACUCAAGGCGCAAGAACCAUUAACCAAGUCCUCGAAAAGGUCUCGGCAGUCCGGUCCAAGAAAGUGUCAACGAAGAUCGUCUCGAGGGAAGAGCUCGAGAACUAUUACGUUCGAGACAUCAAGUUGUCAGAGCCUGCCGCUAAGUGGUGGGCCGCAACCUAUGACGCUUUGAGAGAUCAAGAGUGCCUGAUCAACGACCCGACUUUGGAGAAGCUCUUGGCCACCAAGGGACAGAAGCCCAAGCCUGUCGAGGAGACGAUAGAGGAGAUGCUUCGCGCUUGA